GCACCCACACGUAUGUACUAUUACCGCGUUUUUAGCUCAGAGCAAAGAAUAUAUUACUCUCUACAAGUACAAGUUCAGAGCGAUUACUCGCGCGAGUUUUAGCGGACGUCCUAUGAUUAAAUACUUUCAGGAAGACGUAUUCUGCUGUAUAUUGUACUAGCCGAAGACCCGUGGUUUCAUCCUCAUAAUUCCCGUUGCCGUGAGAAUACGGGGAUAUAAUGCCUAUGAUACUAACAAAUGACGUGGCUAAAAGGAUUUUCAAAAUUAGUUCAGUGGAUCUAAAGAUUACUCCCUACAAGUGGUAUUGUAGGGGGUAAUCUUUAGAUCAACUAAUUUUGAAAAACUUUACCUAUGUAAAAUAUUAGUAUUGCAUGCCAAUUCUGUCAAAUUGGUCCCAUUGUUCCUGCAAAGAUAUAUGGUUCAUAGCAAAGAGUAUAUAAUCACUGUUUUAGUUUGUAGAGCGGAACUCAGUCCACCUAGCUGCUAGAUUACCAAGAAUCCAAAGUACACAAGUCCUUUCCAACUAAAACUAUUUAUGACUGGAUAAUAUGGCUCAAUGUGCUUGCAACAGGUAGUACUCAAUGUAGGACUCUGUAUAGCUUUAUUUGAUAUAACAAACAUUGGACAUUCUUAUAUAUUUCCUGGUGAUGGCUCGUCACAUACUGAAGUCAAGUUCCGAUACAUUGUCUUUAGGCCUCUGGUGGAAGAAAUUCUAAUAGGAAAAAUUAGAAGCUGCAGCAGAGAAGGAGUACAUGUUACAAUGGGAUUCUUUGAUGAUAUCCUCAUACCUGUGAAUGCACUGCAGCAUCCAUCCAGAUUUGAUGAGACAGACCAAGCGUGGGUAUGGGAGUACCCUAAAGAUGAUGGUGAAAAACAUGAUCUGUUUAUGGACUCAGGUGAAUCAAUAAGGUUUAGGGUGACAAGUGAGGCAUUUGAGGAGAGUUUACCCACUGGCCCUCCCGGCACAGAGUGUCCGGCACAAACUGUAGCUCCAUACAAGCUAGUGGGGGGUAUCAAUGAGCCGGGCCUCGGCCUGCUGACGUGGUGGGAGACGCCGGACCAAGAUGAUGAUGCUGAUGAUAAUGAGGAACAGGAAAAUGAUGAUUAAAAUAUUUAUUAUA